GGGCGGCUUCGGCCGCGGCCGCGGCGCGGGCGCCAAGGGCGCGAAGGGCGGCAAAAGCAAGGGCAUGAUGGGCAUGAUGGGCAAGGGCGGCAAGGGCGGCGGCGCGGACCCCGAGGCCACGCGGGCCUUCGCGGCCGCGUGGGCCGCCUCGCGCGCCGUCGACGGCGCGGCCGACGGCGGCGCCUGGUGGGGCGCCGCGUUCUCGCGCGCGCGGACCGUCGAGGCCGUCCGCGGCUUCGCGAGGGACGGCGCGCCGGCGACGCUCCGCAACGCGCUCGAGGUCCGCGUCGCCGCCGACCGGCUCCUCGUCAAGUCCAACGGCGUGCCCGAGUACCAGCCGCGGAAGAUCCAGGGCGGCGCCGUCGUCGAGGGCGCCUGGCAGGGCGCGACGCGCAACGGGCGCUACGACCGGAACCCGAACGCCAUCGUCGCGCAGGACUACGCCUUUUCCAUCCCGCUGACCCCGGGGCCGCCGCUCGCGGCGCCGCUGGCGACGCCCAUGGGCGCGAUCGGCGUCGCCGUCAACGGCGUGCCGCUCUACAACCAGUACGGGAGCCCCGAGGGCGGCGACGCCGUCGAAGACGAGUCCUUCGACGCGUGCUGCGGGCACCCCGACGGCCUCGGACGCUACCACUACCACCAGUACCCUCGCUGCGUCGUCGGCGCGUCGGCGCUCGGCGCGAACGCGCCCGCGGCGCUCAUCGCGGCGACGCGGGAGACGGACUUCACGGCGGCGCCGCUGGCCAAGGUCCUCGCGGAGCAGCUCGAACGGCGCGAGCCGUCGCCGCCGCUGGGCGCGAGCUUCGACGGGCACGCGAUCAUGGGUCCGAUCGGAAGUUUCGGCGGCGACGUCCGGCUCGCGCGGAGCUCCUACACGGGGCCGAAGGACCCGGCCGGCAACCCGACCUUCGUCGCCGGAAGCGGCGAUCUGGACGAGUGCAACGGCGCCGUCGGAAGCGACGGCGCCUACCGCUACUUCGCGACCGUCGAGCUCGUCGGCGAGGACGUCGCGCCCGCGUAUCCGUACCUGCUCGGCGGCUAUCGCUCGCUCCCCGAGGCGAGCAACUUCCCCCCGCACGCGCUCCACCGCAUGGGCCUCGGCGGCGGCGACAAGGGCGGCAAGGGCUUCGGCCGCGGCCGCGGCGGCUCCGGCCGCGGCGGCGGCUUCGGCAAGGGCGCGGGCGCGCACGGGCCUCCUCCUCCUCCUCACUGGGGCGGCAAGGGCGGCAUGCAGGAAGGCGCACCGCCUCACGGCGGCUGGGGCAAGGGCGGCGCGGGCUGGCGCGAGGGCCCUCCGCCUCCUCACUACGGCGGCGGCUGGGGCGAGGGCGGCGGCGGCUGGCACGAGGGCGCUUUGCCCCAUCACGGCGGUGGCUGGGGCAACGGCGGCUGGCACGAAGGCCCUCCGCCCCAGCACGGCGGCGGCUGGGGCGAGGGCGGAGGCUAUCAAGGCUACCCUCCGCAUCACGGCGGCGGCUGUAACCGUGGCCCUCCCCACAACGGCUGGGACGCCGACUACUAG